AUGGAAGCCACUUCCAAGUCUAUCUUCAAUGCAUGCACAAACUUUACUCUCUUAUCAAACCAUCUCUUUCCAAAGCUCUUACCUUUUUUAUUGCUUUCUAGCAUCACACUAGCAACAUAUUUUGAACUCUUCAUCCUUCUACAAAACCAUAAAGUAAUGUUUCAUUUUCUUCUUCUAUGUUUUUUCCUACUCUCUUUACUUCUAAAACACUUCUUCUCAAAACCCUUUCCUAUUUACCUCAUUGAUUUCUCAUGUCUUAAACCACCAAAGCAUUGUAGGGUACCUUUCUCAACAUUCCUUGAAAACGCUUCUUUGUUUGAAUGUUUUGACAAUGAAAGCAUUUCCUUCAUGGAAAAAGUCCUUCAUUCUUCUGGCCUGAGUGAAGAAACUUUCCUCCCUCCUUCCCUGCACUACAUCCCACCGAAAACCGAACAUUCAGAAUCCAUCAAAGAACUUCACAUGGUGGUUUUCCCUAUCAUGGAUGAUCUUUUUGCAAAAACAAAAGUUGCACCUUCUGAUAUAGACAUACUUAUCUUAAACUGUAGUGGCUUUUGUCCUUCACCAUCUUUAACAUCAAUUAUCGUUAACAAAUAUGCUAUGAGAAGCGACGUUAAAACCUAUAAUGUCUCUGGUAUGGGGUGCAGUGCUAGUGCUCUUUGUAUUGACAUGGCUCACAAUCUUCUAAGAGUUCAUAAAAACUCUAAUGCUAUUGUUUUAAGCACAGAGAUUUUGUCCAGUGGUUGGUAUCAAGGUAAAGAAAAAUCAAUGUUGCUUAUAAACUGUCUCUUUAGAAUGGGAAGUGCGGCUAUUCUUCUCUCAAACAAAAACGAAGCGAGUAAAAACGCGAAAUAUUUGUUACUUAAGACACUUAGAACACUAAUAGCUUUUGAUGAUAAAGCUUAUUUUUCUGCUAUAAGGGAAGAAGAUUCAGAAGGAAAACUUGGUGUGACACUGAAGAGAGAUUUACUUCAAGUAGCCGGUGAAACACUUCGCUCUAAUAUUUCACUUUUAGGUUAUGAAAUAUUGCCGGUUUCUGAGAAAUUUUGGUAUGGCGUUUCUCUGAUAAAAAAGAGGUUUAACCUUAUGAAAUCCGAGGCGAUUUACGUGCCGGAUUUCAAGACCGUGAUACAACAUUUUUGUUUGCCGUGUUCCGGGAGAUCGGUGAUAAGAGAAGUAGGAAAAGGGUUGAAGCUUGGUGAGAGAGAGAUUGAAGCUGCUUUGAUGACAUUGCAUAGAUUUGGAAAUCAGUCUUCUUCAUCAUUGUGGUAUGAACUUGCUUACUUGGAAGCCAAGGAAAGAGUGCAGAAAGGUGAUAACAUUUGGGAACUUGGAAUGGGAAGUGGUCCUAAGUGUUGUAGUGUUGUUUUGAAGUGUUUUAGGCCAAUACUUGGUGAGUCUCAUAAAGGACCAUGGUGUGAUUGCAUUGAUCGAUAUCCAGUUCUAGCUAGCUAG